AUGGGUGCUACUAUUGGCAUUGAUAUUCAAGACAGAAAGGGAACUGAGAAUCAGGUGGCUAACCACCUGUCUAGGCUAGAAAAUCAAGAAAUGCAAGAUCAAGAAAGUGAAAUCAAAUACGCAUUUCCUGAUGAAAGCUUGUUCAGAGUUGAAAGCAGGGAACCUUGGCAUAAGUUCGCUACCGCCUACCACCCACAAACAAACGGUCAAGCUGAGGUAUCCAAUCGGGAAAUAAAAUCUAUCCUGGAGAAAGUUGUCAACGCAUCGCUGAAAGACUGGGAGCUGAAUGAAGCACUCUGGGCCUACAGGACUGCCUACAAGACCCUCAUAGGUAUGUCUUCAUACUCUCUAGUAUUUGGAAAAGCUUGUCACUUACCCCUAGAGUUGGAGCACAAGGCUUUUUGGGCAGUUAAGAAGCUAAAUUUGAACUUGGACGCCGCGGGCAAUCAACACAAACUUCAGCUCAAUGAGCUUGAAGAGUGGCGAUUGAACGCAUACGAGAACAACAAGCUCUAUAAGGAAAAGACAAAACGUUGGCACGACCAACACAUCAUUAAGAAAGAGUUUGUUGUUGGCCAAAAAGUUCUUUUAUUCAAUUCACGAUUGCGUUUGUUCCCAGGGAAGUUAAAGUCCAGGUGGUCAGGACCAUUCAUCAUUAAAAUAGUCUUUUCUCAUGGAGCAGUAGAAUUAACACGGGAGGAUGGCAUCCACGUGUUCAAAGUAAAUGGCCAAAGAGUGAAGCCAUACUUUGAAGAUGACAUAGAACGUCAAAAGUCAUCUCUCACACUACGCGAAGCCAGCUGA